AUGGACCAGAAGUCGUUCGUCAAGCUGUGCAAGGACGUGAAGCUUGUGGACAAGAGUUUCACCACCACGGACGCAGACCUUAUCUUCACAAAAGUCGUGACGAAGGGCCAACGCAGGAUCGAUUUCGGCCAUUUCAGCGCCGCCUUGGACCAGGUCGCGGCGAAGAAGGGCACCAGCGCAGAGGCCAUCCGUGACGCGAUCUGCAGCGCAGGGGGUCCGACGCUGAACGGCACGGUCGCCGACCACGUGAAAUUCCACGACGACAAGUCCACCUACACAGGGACGCACGUCAAUGGUGGCCCCGAGUCAGUGCGUAAAGGUGGCGGCACAGCAACGCAGCUCGCCUCGGGCGGUAUGGCCUCAGGCCAUUAG